AAAAGGAAAGCUGUGAAGGUGCCAACGCGUUCGUGCGUGGUGUGAACUUGUCAGUUCAUUCGAGUGCGUGUGGGCUUGUGAUAAAGCGGUUGCGGGAUAUUGCGCGCACUCUCGAAGGAAAAUGCUGUUCUAGCACAAUAAGGUUCCAGAUUCUUUGGAGUAUGCCUUUGAAGCGUUCUGCAAGCUUACACAAAUACCACAAUGUCGGACGGCUUUUUUGGGUUUGAUGCAUCCCACGUGCUUGAUGAUGGUCUGGAGCCGCCGGACGUGGACGAUCGGGACGAAGAUGACCGCUUCAACAGCGAGACCUUCGGUGCCGACGCCGGCGAGUGGGAGGAGGACGACCACGCGAAGAUCGCCGCGUGCCUGGAGCGCGAGCGGUCGGCGCUGCAGGGCCGGGAGCCGCCGCUGGCCGCCGACAUCGAGCGCGGCCUCUCCCAGCUGGUGACCGACGACGAGCUGGAUGACCCGUGCAUCAUGUCUGUGCGCCGCAGCCGCGGCUCGGCCGGCGGCGUUGCCAUACCGCGCCCGCCGCAGUUCGGGCGCGCCCGCUCGCCGCCGCUGUCGUCGCUGCUCGAGUCGGACGUGUCCGGCUCACCGUCCACCACCUCCAUCUGGUCGACGACGCCCACGCGCCCGGCCGGCGCCUUCGACGACCCGGCCAUAAUGUCGGUGACCGGGCCAACCGUGUGA